AGAUUCCACCCAGAGUCACCCGCGUAAGUCUUACUAUAGACUAUUCAUAGUAAUACAAGUCUGUAGACUAACAUGGGAUCCCUUGUGGUAGAAUGCAAAAGGUCCUUUCAAUCAACCGAUUUACUGGAAUUGAGACUCGUUCCUCAAUCGGGACAUCAGACCAUCCCCUGGUGAACAAUGCUGCCCCGCCAUCUAUAGCGGACCUCCACGCAACGUUCAUGAGCGACGGCGUGCCGCUCGCAGUGGAGGCAGCGCGGAAAGCACUGGCAGAGGCGCGUCUUGAUGCUUCACAGAUCACACAUGUAGUGUCCACUACCUGUACUGACAGCGCAAACCCGGGCUUUGACCAUUAUGUCGCCAAGGAGCUACGGCUUGCGCCGAGUGUUGAGAAAGUGCUUCUUCAUGGUGUUGGCUGUGCGGGCGGGUUGACCGCGUUACGCACCGCGGCCAACCUCGCUCUGGGACACAGAUUCCGCGGCCGAGCCGCGCGUAUCUUGUGUGUAGCACUCGAAGUAAGCACGACAUUAGUACGUAGCGAGUUGGAAAGCAUAGACAAGACUCAGGAUACACGCAUUGGGGCUUGUCUCUUCUCAGACUGUGCGAGCGCUGUAAUCUUGAGUAACGGCGUGGGAGAGGCUACCGUAGAGCCCGUGUACGAGCUACUAGGCUGGGAUCAUAGGACUAUACCCGACACAGAGGGCGAUCUGGGUUUCGAUGUCGAUCCUGUGGGCUGGAAGGUCGUGCUCUCGCCGCGCGUGCCGAAGCUCACGGAGCAAGUUCUCGAGCCGGCCUUUGCAGACUUAAUAGCGGGUGUCGAGCAUCAACUACCCGAGGAAUAUCGGACGGCUCCGGAUUUCGACUGGGCGAUGCAUCCCGGCGGUCUCACAAUUCUGACGAACGCCGAGCGAACACUGAAGAUAUCGUCUGAGCAUAUGCGUGCGAGUUAUCAUCGGUACAUGGAACAUGGGAACUCGAGCUCCGCAACCAUUUUCAGCGUCAUGGAUCAUUUUCGAAGCAAAGAGAUGGAUUCCUUAGCACCGGGUGGAAAGGUUAAGGACUAUGUGGUUGGAUGCGCGUUUGGCCCUGGUAUUGCCGUCGAGCUGUGCAUGUUGAAGCGAAACAUGGGUGCCCGCGGUGUACAGACGCCGCCGGAGACAGACAGCGAGGCGAGUAGGAGUGAACGCGGCGACGAAGACGACAGGGACUGGGCGAGUCUCGACGGAGAGAAGCAGGCACACUCUACGCCAUCUGAUCUACCGAUAGAGCGGAAACAACACGAAAAUAGCCUUCCCACAGAUAGGGAAGGGUUUAUCACCGAGGCGUUAGCGAGUGUGGAGUUAGACUGAGUAGAAUGGCAUGAACCGGGUUUGCGUCAAGCUUUGCAUAGUAUGGCUAUGGUGUAUCAAUAGCGGAUGAUGGUUACAUAUAGAUGUCACGAUUAAUCAUAACUAGAAUCUAAAACCCAGCUCAUAUGUGAUGAUACGGCUUUACAGUCGGA